AUGCUUGCUUUAACUACUCUAUCUCUGGUGUUGAUUAGCCUGGUCCGUACUGUGGUGGGCAACAUCGGCAACUUCAAGAAUGUCUCUUAUAUCAAUCCUAUCCUUCCAGGAUGGAAUAGCGACCCUAGCUGUGUCUUUGUGGCCGAGCUUGACAAUACUUUCUUCUGCACGACAUCUUCUUUUCUUGCAUAUCCUGGCGCACCUGUUUAUUCAUCGAAGGAUCUCAUCAAUUGGAAGCUGGCAAGCAAUGCGAUCAGCCGUCCAGAGCAACUCCCUUCUCUCAUGACCAGUAACAACAUUCAGGGAGGAGGUAUAUUCGCUUCCACACUCCGCUACCACAAGAGCACCUUUUAUCUCAUUACCACCUACAUCGAGAACCCACUGCCGCCCACGUUCUAUAUCCUCACAUCCGAGGACGCAACAAAUGAUUCAGCCUGGUCGAUGCCAUUCGCUAUCGAGACACCUUACAUCAUUGACCCAGAUAUAUUCUUCGACGAUGACGGUACGGUCAUUGUGGCAUACGCUGGUCACCCAAUCAAGGCACAAAUCAUCGAUAUGAAGACGGGCAACGCCACUGAGACGUUUGAUAUGUGGAAUGGCACAGGUAAUGGCUUCACGGAGGGACCACACAUCUACAAGAAAGAUGGAUACUACUAUCUGUUGAUUGCAGAGGGUGGUACCGAGCUUGGCCAUUCAGGGGCCAUCGCUCGAUCCAAAUCUUUAAGGGGUCCCUAUGAGUCGUCACCGUACAACCCUCUAGUCAGUAACCGCAGAACAGACGAGUAUUUCCAGUCAGUUGGCCAUGCCGACCUUUUCCAGGAUGCCUCUGGUAAUUGGUGGGGUUGUGCAUUGGCUGUGAGAAGUGGACCCAAGCUCUACAAUCAAACGAUUUUCCCAAUGGGUAGAGAGACGACCCUCUUUCCUGUUACCUGGCCCAAAGAUGGAUGGCCUAUUGCCAGUCAAAUCCGCGGCAUCAUGUCCGGACCUUUACCUUUGCCAAAUCGCAAUGUGAGCGGCGAGGGUUUGUUUGCAGGAGAAGCAGAUGUCGUCGACUUUGUGCCUGGGUCAUCUAUACCCAAGCACUUUGACUUCUGGCGCACUCCGGCAAAGCCCAACUCCUUCACGGUCUCUCCACCUAACAAGCCCAACACUCUAAGAUUAACUGCAUCGAGGGCGAAUUUGACUGGAGAUGCCAAUUUCAAUGCCACAGAUGGACUGACACUCGUGAUGCGCCGUCAAGCACACACACUUUUCAACUUUACUGUGGAUGUAGAACUUCUUGGUGCCGAAGCGCAAGAAGGCGAUGAAGUGGGAAUUACGUCUUUCCUCGAUCAAUAUCAACACGUGGAUCUCGGCGUCGUGUACCUGUCCAAGAACAACAAGAAAACCUCUCCCUAUCUGCGGUACAGAGCGACGGCCUUUGGCAAGACCAACUUUACUGGCAUUGUACCCAAGACCAAACUUCUUGCAUUGCCGGCCGACUGGUCGGAUGAUCUGGUCAGACUUGGUAUCUCUGCCAUCAACGGCACGCACUUUGUCUUUGUGGCUGCACCGGCAGCUAGGCCUUUAUCGAGUAUUGUAGUGGGUAUCGCAAACACGACGCUUAUUUCUGGUCCAGGGAAUGCAAGUGGUGAGUAG